GGAAAAAAGAAGAUGAUAGUAAGAAAUUGCCUGUAUUAUCAGUGCCACGGAGGACAGAUCAACCUGUUACGGGAAUUCAGAGUAAAAAGAAUUUUAUAAAUACAAAUGCAGUUGCUGUUAUCAAGGGAUUGCCUAAAAAGCCUCGACCUAUUUGUGUUGAUACAAGACAUGGAGAUAAAUAUCUGCUUGAAAACUCAGGACUUGUUCCCAAGUAUACUAAAAAAAAGGAUUAUGGUGUUACACCAAAAUAUGUAACACAGAGAAAUGAGGAAAUGAAGAGAGCUCAAGAAGAAUAUGAGGCCAGUGUCUUGGAGCAUCUCAAGAAAAAUGCCAUGAAGCGGCUAUCUGAUGAAGAGAGGAAAAGUCUUCUUGAGGGGCUGAAAAAGAACUGGGAUGAAGUGUAUCGUAAAUAUCAGAGACUCCCAGUACAAACAUACACCAUAUCCAAGAAGAUGAAUAAAGAAAAGCUGGAAUUACAGAUGAAACAACUGGAGCAUGACAUCGGAGUAACUGAGAAGCAUGAAGUUAUCUACAUUGCAAAUGAGUAA